UCCAAUUGAUCAUAUAAGAUUUUUCGAUGAUUUAAUGGCCUCAACGACCUGAUAAUUAGCGACAUAGCGGGCGACAUGGAAGAAGAGCUCCAAAGGAAGUCCAUCAAGCUCGUGAACUUCGUCUCUGAGGAGCAGUUGGAUGAAAGCAGAAAGAUUCGAGGUGAGCGUGUUGAAGACGGCACCGCGCAGAGAGACCGGCCAUUGUAUGAGAUCUUAAGAGAGAAUAAAGAGAAAAAAGAUGCAGAAUUUAAUGAAAGAUUCAAGCAUAGACCUCCCAAAGCUCUGGAUGAGGAUGAGACAGAAUUUUUAGAGAAACUGGAUAUGUCCAGGAAGGAGUACGAGCGGCAGAUAGCAGAUGAUGAUGCCAAUCAACUUCGCUCUUUUCAAGAAGCGGUAGCUAGUCAAGCCUCCAUAGUUCAGAAGCUGAAGGAGAAGCCUACCGUACCAAAAACUAACGAGAGCGGACAGGCAGCGAAGAGGAGCCAGAAUACGAGGCCUGGAAAUUUCAUCAUAUCAGUUAAGCCGCAUGCAAAGAAAGCUAAAACAGUGACCAGUGCAAGUGGCUCGGAAGGCUCUGCUGAGGACAAGUUGCCGUUGGAUAAUGUUCCUGGGAGCACACUUGGGGGUUUGGUAUCUUAUAGCGAUGAAAGUGAAGAUGAUUGAUGAAAUUGAUGAUACUUGCAGGUUCUCUUGUUUUCAUUUUUAAUUUUUAGCUAUCAGUUUGUUGUUGUUUGAGCAGGUUUUGUCAUCCUAGUUUCCACUAUCUUGAUUACUGCAUAAUUUUGUGCAGAAUUUACUUAUCUUUCUUGUAUAGAGCUGGGCGGUUAAACGGAUAGGUGCUGCAGGGUAAGGCAUUGUUUGGUAUUUGGAAUAUACAGUGAAUAAUUUUACUA